AUGUCCCCUGUUGCUUUCUUUGUUUUUCUAUAUAUUCUGAUUACUCCUAUUCUUACGAUAAAUUCGACUUCGAAUUCUUCCUUUUUUCCUACCCGGGAAGACGAAGAAGAAAUAUUCCGUUUGAUGUUUGAAGCACAAGAUUUGUAUAGGCAAAACAAUUAUCGGAAGUCAAUAAGAGAUUUCAACAUUGACUGGGAAAAUUGUGAUGAGAAAUAUCGGUGGCCAGCAUGUUGUUUAUGGUCGGAAAAGAAGAUGUUCCAAAGAACCACUUCAGAUUGUGCAUAUAUAAAAGGAGAUGUCAUUUUAGAGAAGAAUGACGAUGCAUUAAUUUUCCAGUCCCUACUUGAUCUUCGAGAAAUCCAAGGAAGUCUCGUUCUCCGAAACACGACGUUCCUAGAAUUCGGUCUUCCAUCUCUUCAGAAACUAGGGUUUGCUGGUUAUACGAUGAACGGAAAACGUCAAGACGCUGCUUUGAUAAUUGAAAACAACCCAUACUUGAUGCAUUUGAGAUUGAGAAGAGUGAGUCAAAUUGUGAAGCAUGAGGAUCAGAAGUAUGCAAUAAUCCGAGGGAAUCCAAGAAUCAAAAUCGAUGAGAAACAAUACGAGAUUUUGAAAGUAGCAUCUAAUGGGAGUACUGAUUUUGACCAAUUUGAGUUUCCACAAGAAAUAUAUGUCCGUCAUCUUCUGUAUGAGCUCUGGCCGUAUUGUUUGUUUGGAUUCAUGAUAAUUGUUGUGUUCACACAUCAUUUUAUUAUGCUAGAAGUCAACGAAAGUCGUGUUAAGAAAAAGGAACAGGAGAUGAUCGAUUGUUUAGUGAAAAUGAGAGAUGCCACUCUAGCUGCCGAGUUGUUAAUUCAAACUCCGAUGGAUGUCACUUUAGCGUUCGACACGGAUGUUCUUCAUUUAUGCACAGACCAAACUGAAUUAAUCAAAAAGAUCGAAAAGCUAUUGGAUCAGGAGAUGGCAGAUUUUAAAGAUGAGAGUCUGGAAGAAGUUACAGCCAAGUCACCGAAAUAA